AGAUUAAGUAUCAGAACCAGGAGAACUAACCUGCAGGAUCCACCUGAACAUCACAAUGAAGCUGAUCUUUUCUCUGACUCUCAUCUGGGCUUUCUACUGCAAGGCUGGAGCCCUGACGUGUAUGACCUGCACAGACCUGACGUGUUCAAUCACAUUACCACUAACAUGUAGCUCAGAGACAAUGUGUAUAACAGCUACCAUCCGAGCUACUAAAUCUGGAACUUCAGUAACACAGCUCUACAAAGCCUGUGCAGCGUCCUCUCUGUGUCCGGCUACAGGCACCUCGACUUUUUCAGUCAACUUGGGAUCCCAAAGUACAAUUGCAUCUGCUCAGUGCUGCAACACAGACAACUGCAACUCACAGAUUCUGCCUGCCCCCAGUUCUCAGCCCACUAACUCCCUUCAAUGCAUUGCUUGUAACCCCACAACUUCUCAGUGCAUCAAUCCAAUAACCUGUUCAGGAGAUGAGAGCAGCUGCUUCUCAGCAACUUUGAACGAUGGAACAAACACAAUCCCUGCACUGGGUUGUGCAUCACCAAACACCUGUACAGCUGCUUCAGGUCUGGGAAGUUUGCCGUUCAUGCAGAGUGUUGGGUCAAUCACCAGUGGACCAACCUGCUGUGGAACCAGUUUGUGCAAUAUUCCAAGUGCAACAACAACCACAACCACAGGACCAACAAUCACCACUACAACACCAACAACAACAGCAGCACAAACUACCAAAACUGCUGUCCCAACAACCACAACUGCAGAACCAGCCACCACAACUUCUUCACCAACAACAACCGUAGCACCAACCACAGGUACAGCAACAACUACAACAACUGCUGCACUAACUACAACUGCUGCACCAACCACAACAACUGUCGCACUAACCACAACCACAUCAACAACAACUGCUGCACCAACCACUACAACCACAGCACCAAUCAGCACAACCUCAGCACCAACCACAACUGCUGUACAGACCACCACAACGGCUGCACCAACCGCAACAACUGCAGCACCAACAGCAACAACUGCUGCAUCAACAACGACAACUGCUGCAGCAACAACAAGCAUGGCACCAGCCACCACAACCAACAACAACAAGCGCGGCACUAACCACUACAACCACACCACCGACCACAACUGCAGCACAAACCACAACAACCGCUGCAACAAUCCCCAAAACAACUUCUGCAACCACACCAACUGCAGCACUAACCAAAACCACCGCAACAACAAACUCUGCACCAACAACCACAACUGCAGCACCAACCACAACAGCUGA